AGUCAAAUGCCGAACGCUGAGUUGUACGACCGCUCGGCACACUCACCGUCGACAUUCAAUUGUCACAACAUCGCCCCCGGCCACCUGGACAGGAGGACAAAAUUUGAAAAGUGCCAGUGGUCCCUUAUCAUUCAGUGUUAUCAUUCGCAAAAAUUCCUGUACGCGAGCGCCACCCGAACCGACUCGAAGGCCCACGAGGGUGCGGCGGACGCGCCGCCCUUAUCUGAGCCCCCUCCACGCAGAUCGGCGCUUGUUAGACAGCACCGCGACGCCGAUCUGAUCGUAUGCUACCUGCACCAAUCAUAACUGAUAACAUGAUGUGCGGAGAGUUAAAGUGAUCUUUUAUUUUUUUAUUUGAUUUUGUGGACAGUGACUUGUGUUGUGAUUGAAAUGUCUAGAAGAAAACAAGCUCGACCGAUUCGACUCCUCGAGGAUGAAGAUCCUACGGCUCCGGCCGUUUUUCCUUCGGCGCCGAAUAAAAACGAUCCAGCAAAUCACACGGAAACAGAAGUAUCAGCCGAACCCGUUGCUCCCGAGGAACUACCUGAAGUACUAAUGUGUCAACGAUGCCAGGAACAAUUCACAGAUGUACAAGAAUAUUUAACACACAAAGAAGAGUGCGACAAAAAAGCUAUAAAACACGAUGACCCAGCUCAUUCAGAUCCGGAAGAUAUGGUUGUAUCCGAAGACGACGAUGACGAUGAAGAAACGGGUAAUAAAGGUAUAGAAAAGAUGCGGAGAAAUCGACAGGACGCCGCAAAUAAUAAUAGCGUCGAAGAACAUUCUCCGGAUGCCGAAAGUCAAAGAUUAGGUUUCCCGUUUCCUCUAUCGGCGGCACCAGGUCAUGUGACGUUGGAAGCUUUGCAGAAUACCAAAGUAGCCGUAGCUCAAUUCGCGGCAACGGCUAUGGCAAACAACGCCGAUAACGAAGCAGCUUUACAAGAAUUAGCUGUACUACAAUCGACUUUAUUCACCUUACAACACCAACAAGUAUUACAGCUACAGCUUAUCAAUCAACUCCAACAUCAGCUUCAAAUAGAUAGAACCAAAGGAGAUGAAGAAGAAACAGCUGCUACUUCACCUUCGGCAUCCGAAAAUGUUGAUGAAGGUGAACAAAAUCAAUCGGGAUGUUCACCACCACCUCAAGCUUUACCUACAUCUCGCGAACCGACACCAGCUUCCCUACCUCCAGUUAUGCCGCCUAACGUGCAACCUUCACCAGCUGCCGAACCUCCAUCGCCGGAAGUUUCGGUUCCCUCGUCGAUGGCUCAGCAAAUUCAACCUCCGAUGUGUUCGAUAUCUUCGUCAUUAGCGUCCACAAUUAUAACGCAUAACGAUGAACAAAUAUUAGAAGAACCGAAUACGUUGGAAAUGUUGCAAAAACGAGCUCAAGAAGUAUUAGAUAAUGCCAGCCAAGGUUUAUUAGCUACCAAUUUAGCAGACGAAUUAGCAUUUAGAAGGAGUAAGGGAUCUAUGUCGCCGUACGAAUCGAAAGGUAGAAACGAACCGUUCUUCAAACACCGUUGUAGAUAUUGUGGUAAAGUGUUCGGUUCCGAUUCGGCCCUUCAAAUACAUAUCCGCUCGCAUACCGGUGAACGCCCUUACAAAUGUAACGUAUGUGGAAGUCGUUUUACUACUAAAGGCAAUUUGAAAGUGCAUUUUCAAAGACACAGUCAAAAAUUUCCGCAUAUCAAAAUGAAUCCUAAUCCCGUACCCGAACAUCUUGAUAAAUAUCAUCCACCUUUAUUAGCACAGCUAGGACAACAAUCUUCUUUAUCUCCCGGAGGACCGCCGCAUCAUCCUCACCUUGGAUUUCCGACAGGUCCUCAUUUCCCGCCAACGUCAUUACCAUUAUUCAGACCUCAAGUUCCACAACCUACCGACGUAGUAGUCGGAAAUCAAAUCCCACCUUCGCCUCAUAGACUUUUAGAUCAUCCACCAAGAUUAUUUCCACCUCACCCGUUGUUUUUAAAAAGAGAGGAACAGGAAACGCCCGCCGAUUUAAGCAAACCUCCACGAUCUCCAUCGCCCGUAGAAGAUAAAAUGCAUUCGCCAGAACGAGAAGAUAAGAGAGAAAAAGAUUCCGUAGAAGAAACCAAACCCGUACUUAAUACUCACUCACAAAUAAUAACACCGAAACAAGAAACGAAUUUAACCGACAAUGAAAACGAACACGAACCGUAUUCGUCUUCAUUACAUUACGACGAUUGUAGUAAUAGUAGCAAAUAUUCUAACGAAGAUCUUUUAGAACCGAGAAGUCCACCGGGAGGUGAACCGAACGAAAACGUUCAAGACGAACCAGAAAAUUUAUCGAGCAGAAAUAAUUCCAUAACUGGUCCAUUAAGCAUAUCAACCGGACAAAGAUUACCGGCGAAUUUUUCUUUCGGUAAUACAAGUUCACCACCGAGCAGUACCUCUUCAGGAAGUCUAGGACAUUUCCCUAUCAAUUAUUUACCAGAUAUCACCAAGGAUCCAUCCAUUUACACGAAUCUAUUACCCAGACCGGGUAGUAACGACAACUCGUGGGAGAGUUUGAUCGAAGUUACGAAAACUUCGGAAACCAGUAAAUUACAACAACUAGUAGAUAAUAUAGAACACAAAUUAUCAGAUCCUAAUCAAUGUGUGAUAUGUCAUCGAGUAUUAUCCUGCAAAAGCGCUCUUCAGAUGCACUACAGGACACACACGGGCGAACGCCCUUUCAGGUGUAAAAUUUGUGGACGAGCUUUCACGACCAAAGGAAAUCUGAAGACUCACAUGGGUGUUCAUCGUGCUAAACCUCCGAUGAGAGUGUUGCAUCAAUGUCCCGUUUGCCAUAAAAAAUUCACGAACGCUUUGGUGCUUCAACAACAUAUCCGCCUCCACACUGGAGAACCGACAGAUCUCACUCCAGAACAAAUCCAAGCAGCCGAAAUCAAAGAUUUUCCUUCCCCUGGUGGGUUUCCGGGCCUUCCGAAUUCCAUACAUCCAUUCCUUAAUCAAGGUUUUGCCGCUCCGGGACUUUCCCCGUUAGGCCAUUCCGGUAUGCCUCUCAAUAUGCGAUGUGACCGAGAUAUCAAAUCUGAGCAUGGUAGUAUGGACGAUGAUGAAGAUGACGACGACGACGAUGCGAUGAGUACGUGCGAUAAUCCUCAAAUACCGCCGUUUUCUUCAUCGCCUUCGGAUGUUCAAAAUGUCGGAAUGCCGGCGUCGCAAUUUUCUGGAAGUGGACUCAGUUGUUCAGCGGAAGAUUUGUGCUCUAAUAGAACGACUACGCCACCUCCGCUCCAAAACGGCGAUAAAUCUCCAAGUCAAUCAGGAGUUACUAGUCCCGGAAGUGCCGAUUUGCGAUCUUCUCCUAAUAAUACGUCCGUCCAGAUUCCACGUCCUCCGUCUUCACAACAAGCCAGUAGUCCGGCACCAUCUGACAAUUCCAUAGGUGCUCUUGAUUUAACACCGAGGAAUCAACCUCCGAUUACGAGUCCCGGACCACUAACACCCAGUGGAGCUCCUUCGAUGUUUCCUUCGUUUGGGCUUUUACCUUCUGGCGGUCAAUCACCGUUGAUGUCAUCGGCAUUAUCAUCACUUACAUCGUCAGUUCUAACGUCGACGUCGUUCAGUCCUUUGAGGUUAGCUGUCGGACCUAUAGGAGCGUUAGGACGUGGGAACACAACCUGUAACUUAUGCUUCAAGACUUUCGCUUGUAACUCUGCACUUGAAAUCCACUACAGAAGCCAUACCAAAGAAAGACCCUUUAAAUGCACCGUUUGUGAAAGAGGAUUCUCGACAAAGGGUAACAUGAAACAACACAUGCUAACACAUAAAAUACGAGAUAUGCCGCCUCACAUGUUCGACAAUAAACCACCUAAUAUGAAUAGUGAGGAUAGUACACCGUUACCUCCAAGUUUACCUAAAAUGGAACCUCCAAGUGAUAACGAACAACCCCAAACUCAAAACCCUCUACAACCUCCUCAAGUACUUCAGCCGCCUCAGGUACCAUCGCAACCGGAGAAACACGAACUGGAAUCGCAGCAAAUCAAAAGAGAACCCACCGAGACUGAACUACCUUUACCUAAACGCCCUCCCAGCUUACAAUCAAGUAAGCAUUUGUGCCACGUGUGCAAUAAGAACUUCUCUUCGAGUUCAGCCCUGCAGAUUCACAUGAGGACCCACACGGGAGACAAACCCUUCAGAUGUACAGUAUGCCAGAAGGCGUUCACCACCAAGGGUAAUCUCAAGGUUCACAUGGGAACGCAUAUGUGGAGCAACGGGGCAUCUCGAAGAGGUCGCCGCAUGUCUCUCGAUCUACCUCCCAUUCCCAUGACACCCAAGGAUUCAGAAUUUCUCCAGCGGAGACCAGAUCUCUUCUACCCGUACCUACCGGCUCCAUUCCUUAACGGAAUGCAACAAAAGCUAAACGAAAUAUCUCUAGUCCAGAAUAAUCACAACGGACUAACGGGAGCGGGUAAAUAUAGUGGCCUCUUAGGCUUUGGUUAUCCGCCACCGGAAGCCUUAAGAUCUCAGGCGAGUUCUCCCGAACGCUCCGAGAGACCGCCCAGCCACGAACCCGACACCAGAGGUCUUUGGGAUCUUCAUUUCGAAAGGAAAAGCGCAGCCGAUGCGCCUAGAGAAGAUCUUCUAACACCAACAGCUAAUAGGGAGGGGUUGGCUGCCUGAAAUCAGCACCCCUGCGGCGCUAUUCCUACUUUGCUAGUCUAGAAUAAGGUGUUUCAGAUGAUUAAAUCAAAAAUUUUUAUGUAGAAUAACGGUAGAGAUGAAUGGAGAUAUCAUUUUAUUGAUUAUGACUGAAUUUUGUGAAUAUUCCGAUUCACAUUUCAAGCUAAUGAAUGUAAAAUUGUUUUCAAAAACACAACCUAAUCCGUACAUCUCUAUCUUCAAAAUUUGACAUCAUAAAAAACCUUUAUUUUUUUUUUGAAACAUCUUUGGAUUGAAACGGAUAGAGGCAAUGACUUUUACUGUGAUACAAUAGCUGUAACAAGCUGCAAAAGGUAGCUGAAAAGCUGCUAUGUAAUUAGAAAUAUUUAAUGAAGAAAAUAGUUUUUAGCGUCUUGUAUUAUAAUAGCUAAGUGUAUGGUUACGACUUUUUGAAUUGCUUGGUUUCUAAUUACUACUUAAUUGUUAAUCAUUCCCCAUCACUUGAUUCAUCAGUUUUCAUUCUUUUUUACUUCAAUACCUGAUUUUUGUGGUCUGUAUACAAACCUGGCAACCCCUAUAGUUUUGAAAUAAAUUACACUGACGCCCUAUCGUAUACAAAGUAAUUAAUGAAACGGGAUCUCGUCAGCGGGUUCAAACUUUCCCUUUUUUUCGUCUGGAGUCUCCUUUGUAGCUUUUUCCAUAACGAAUCGGUGGCUGAACUUCUCCACAAAAUUCUCACUCAUUCCUAAUCAAUCCCAGAAAGAAAUCAUGUUCAAGAAGUGAACUUUGAAACGUCCCAAAAAGGUUCAACUUUCCAACUCGAAUAGAAAAACAUAUUUUUUCGAUUCCGAAAAACUUCUUUGGACAAUAAUUUUCAUUUAAGGACAGGGAGGAUUCAAAAUCAACUGAAGCUAACGGAAGCUCGUGCUUACUAAACUUUCCCACAAUAAUCCCCCAACUUAUUAGUGUUUCAGUAGAUUUUUUAUCACUUCAAUUUCAUGGUGAAAAUGUUUAACUCAAUCAAUACUAAUCUCUCUUAAAUCGACUGGAAACUAAUCGCGAUAACUGUUCAAAAACUUUAAAACUUCUCCAAAUGUUCAGUUUUUUUGUAUUUCCUCAUCUUGUCUCCAAAUUGUGACUCCACUUCUUUUGUGAUCGACCUCUACUUCGUGUUCUAAUUGGAGAUGCAUCCCUCGCUGUCAUUCGACUUAUAUUUUGGUUCAAUUGAUUUUACGCUGUGACACCAAUUCGUAAAUGUUAUCUAAGUCAUAUUUUUUCUCUUCAGUGGACGCUUUUAGAGAUAUAUAAUAAUGUCCAUCUUCACAAACUGAUUCUUGAGGCUCAACUUGAUAUGUAGAAUGUUCUUUUCGAUAAAGACUAACUGAAAGGUCAGUUGUUUUUACCUCAUAGUAUCUGUUCUGUCUCAUUAACUCAAGAAACUUCCAAAACAAGAAACAUAUCAUUCAAAAUUUUGAUUAGAAAAUGUGUGGUACAUCAAAAUUUAUUAUUCUAAAUAAUUAAAAGUACUUUUGACAUCUUUGGAAUGUUUUGUAACAUUAAAAAACAAAACGAAAUAUAAUUCUGGUUGCCAAACAAAUACCAAACAACUUUCUAAUAAUGGGGUAUUUUUGCAAGCAGCUACCGCCAUCUCUAAGACAGGCCAGAUACUUCUAGGACCAUCCUCAUUCUGUUUGAUGAUGUCUAGUUGUACCUCGAUGUCCGAUUUACACUCUAGACUUCAUUUACUCAUGUAACAUUUCUUAUAAAAAUUUUUCUAUAAACGUUAGGUUUUUUCAUCGUUGGCCUGUGUUAUUAUCAAUGACACGUGUUAAUAUAAAUUAUGUCAUAACUUACGACAGAAAGUUUAUGUUAUUAAUGGUUAAUAAAAAAAUAUAUAAACUAGAUUUUUUUAUGGAAAUAAUAUUCAAACGUAUCCCAAAUUCGUAAAUAACAAACCUUUUAUGUAUAUUUUUAUUUAUUUGGAAGCUAUUUCAAACAAAUAUUUCCAAAUUCUAAAUAACGGACAUCUAGACGGAAUGCACUUCAUUAUUUUCUUUUUUUAUUAUUAUACAAAAUUAUUCAAAUCGAUAUUAUUCAUAUGAAUAUUCCGUUACCACAAAAAUUAAUAAAAACGAUUGAAAAUAAUGUCAACCAAAAAAAAUAUCAUCGAGUUUAAGGUAUACGAGGUCUGGCUAUUAAAUAACGAGACUUAUUUAGAAAAAAAGGUUUUAUUAUAAAAAUUAUUCUAAAUUCGAAUGCUCCCCUUCAAUAUAUACCCCUUCACUCGCCCCACACUUUUCCAUACGUUUUUUCCAUUGAUCGAAACAGUGCUGGAAGUCUUCUUUGAUUAGUGCCUUUAAGAGCUCUGCCGUUUUUGCUUUACCACUUCCAUCGACUCGAAUCGGGUCCUUUUCAACGCAGAUUUUAUCUUCGGAAACAAAAAAAAGUCGCACGGUGCCAAAUCUGGUGAGUACGAGCACUGGAGUGCGCUUACUGGCCAAAUACUGUUUCACAGAUAGCGCGUUAUGGGUAGGUGCGUUGUCCUGGUGCAAAAUCGGGUCGUUUUUUAUGAAGUCUUUCUCGUAGUGUUGCCAAAAUUGACAGAUAAUGAAUCUGGUUAACAGUCUGACCCUCUGGAAUCCAUUCAGUCUUCAGUAUAUCGUUAAUGUCGAAAAAAACGUCCAACACUGCCUUCAAUUCUGAUUUACUCUCUCGGCCCUCACUAAAGAGCUCAAACUACUCAAAAAGACGCGCGCGAGAUAAAGAAUUGCCCCCAUAGGCCUCUUGAAAUAAAUUAUAUCACUCAGUCGGAGUUUUUUUCAAUUUAACGAAAAAUUUCAGAUUGAUACGUUUACUUAAACAAAUUUAUGAAUUAAAUGAAUCUCACCGAGCUACGCCACUGCUAAUCACAAACUGUCUAGCAGGAAAAUUUCAAAGAAAUUGUGUACAUACGCCUUCCGACAGCUCCGACCAAUAGAAAUGCAUUUAUGUUUACGAUCCGAUGCUUUCAUUGGUAAACAAUGGAGAUGAUGAAUUUUGACACACAUUCAUCAAGUCCACGUGGACUAACGGUUUUUUAUGCGCGGAGUAAACAUUAUUUUUAAUUUGGUAUGAGUGCCGUGCGGCUUUAUGAAAGAAAUGUCAUUGAAUUCGAAUAAAAAGUUUGCGUUUAAUUAAAUUUGGGGUGAUUUUGUCGAAAUCUAAUCUUAAGAAAAAUUUUAGAUAAACAUUGAAUCAUCAUUUUUUGCGUUCAACUCGUACAAAUCACCGAAAAAUCUUCAUGAAAAUCCAAUAGGAGAAUCUCCAACUAUUUUGUAAAGUAUCAAAAGCUAUUUGAAAUUUCCAAAGCAUUUUCUGGCCGUGCCGGAAAUUUUUUUCAUGGUAUUAUGACUUCCCACAUUCAAAUGAAAAAGUUAAGGACAAAGUUUUUAAUUAUCCGUCACUAAAUAUUGAAUCUAAAAGUACGUAGUUUAAAGAAGUUUUUCAGAAAAUUCCAACCCUUAAUCUAUAUUAGAAACAAUGAUUUCAAUUUCUCAAUUUUCUGUUUAAUAUGCAACGCGUGAAUUUUUCGAGAUGCCUACAUCCCCUAUUAUAAAUUUCUUAAAUAACGACUUUAAAUUCCGUACUAUAAACUCAGAUGGAAUCCAAACAUUGAGUUUUUUGUUUGUAUAUUCAACCAUUUUAAAAUGUUUCAAACUAAAUGGCAAAAUUGCAAAAUCUUAUCCAAGAACAGCCAAAUUUAUCAAGUGGAAAGGUAUUUUCUAAACGUCUAUAACUUUUAACAGAAACACUAACCAACAAACUCAAAAAAAUUAUACCUCCUGUGAGAUAUGCACCAAGUUGACUCAAUAUAAACCGAUUCUUAUAUAAGGGUAUUUGUUAGGGUAUGUCCUGGAGAUAACAAAUGUAAAUAUUCGACUAGGUGCGUAUUUUCAUUAUGUACGAGGGUUGAUGGAAAAAUUUUCAAAUCCAAUCGUGAAUACGACAGUUGGGUGUACUUGAAAAAACCAUUUUGUGAUGAUUUUAACAAAAAAUUAGGAAUGGAAAGUUAUAUAUUAUGUAUUAGGUCCUUUAUUUGCAUCAGACUUUCCUGAUUUGGACUUUUUUCUCUAAUGAUCUAUUUAGAACAGUAAUAGAUUGUCUAUACUGUCAUUUAUGUCUUUAUUAUAAUUUAUAAGGUGGUGCGUUUCAUUAAUUUACCCAGUUUCAUAUUUUCAAUUGACUGCUCCUUAUAUUUAAGUAUUUAAUUUAUAUACUUUUGAAACUUUCUGUCUGGUUUUUCUCUCCAUAAGGACUCGAAAUUGAUCAAAUUUUUGAAGAAAUAACGUUUCUAUUUCUUGCAUGAUGAAGAGAUCUUUUUUAUUGUCUUUCAUUGCUAAUUCCUUAUUGUCCUUAUGUAUAUUUUUCCGUUUUUCAUCCCGGUACAUAUUACUUCGGGUUACUAUUGGCUUGCUCCUUCUUUGAUAUCCGGUUUAGAUCAGCUUUUUUGAUACGUAGUGGUUGUAUUGAGAAAUUGUAUUGUAUGUUGUAUUAUCCUUCACACGCAGUAAGGACAAUCAGGCGGAUCCCUUCAGUACUCAUUUUUGUUAUACCCUCUACGACUGUAUCAGCUUUUUCAGGUUUAUUGCCCUUUUUUCAAAGUUGCACUGCAAUCAUCUUUACAACUGGGUUUGAGACCGUUCAAUAAAUUAAAACGAUUCUGAAUUUCUCUGUUGUCUUUUCUGAUACUUUUGUAAUCUCAAGAUUUGAGCUCCCGCCUCUGCGCUAUGCACAUGUUAAAUUUUUUUUCUGUUAUCGGAAUAUAUAUCGACGAAAAUGAAAUUUCAAAAUGUGACGAAUUUGAAAAGUUUGUUUUGAAGGUGCGUUUCGUAAUUUCAUAAGAGGAUCAGCCUCAGAUCUCAGAAUUUUGAAACAAACUAGAAAUUUGUCAUAUUACUUUGAUUUUUAAUGAUGUUUUUUUUAUUUGGGAACCUUGCAAUUCAGAAAUUCGUAUUGCGGUGUUAACGUAAAUAUGUCCAAUGGACAUUUUGGCGAUGCCAGUAUUUAGCUUUACACUUUGUAUAUAUAAAAAUUUAGAAUAUGAAAAAAAAUCACUGUAUUGUUAUAGAUGUUGUCCAUUUUCGUUUAGCAUGGUGGCAUUCUAUGUAAAUAUUACUACUACACUGUGUAUUAUAAGACUGUUUUUAUUAUUAUUUUUACCCCCUUGUAUAAGAAUUCGGAACAAUUGCCGAUAUUUAUAGACAAACUAGAUAAUUAUUAAAACAAAGUAUUAAAGAACAUAAAAGUCAAUAUUUUAUCACAAAAUGAAAUGAAUCAUUUUAUUAUAUUCCACCAACUUUUUUGGAACGACGAAUUUUUUUUUAAAUUUUGAUCAUUUUAAAUGUUAGCGAUUGUUCCCGAAACCCCUGAUUCGAUCCCAUCAAUUCCAGUACAAAAUCUCCUAAUGUAUGUAAAAUUCAACAAAAAAAAAUUAUUGAAAACUCGUCGCGAGUCCUUACAUACGUAUCUAAAAUCCAGAAGAACAAAAAAUUCGAAAAUAUUAUUAUAUAUAUAUAUAUAGUUAAAAGAUGUAACUACUCUGAAAUUUUUUUAGUUAAUGAUUGAAUGUACAAAAUAUUCGUAACUGGUCGAGAGAGCAUGUCUGUAUUUAUAAAAUCGUACAGCCAGUUAAAUCCUGUUUAAUUAUAAAAUAUAAAUAUUU